UCAGACAAAUCGGUGUUUAAAUUGACAUUUCUUAAUGGACAAGGCAUGUCAAUAGGAGAAUGUCAUUGGGAAAAGAAGUUUUAUAAGAGGAUGACUAGCUAACCUCAGGCCGGGGCUUAACCAGCACGGGGGGAACAAAUUGGUCGUCAUUGACAUAUAAACAACACAAUAAUGAAAUACUCACGUGGUUCGUUCAUUAUCAAAUAAUUACAACUAGAAUAUAUUUUAAUUAAAGAGUAGCAAACUAUGCUUAAAGGAAUGAAAUAAUAUGUAAAUGUGUGUAUUUAUAAACAUUGUGGUUGUAGAGUGUGAGUGAGUACAUCAUGACAGUCUUGGUCAUGUACUGUGGUUAACUGGUCCUUCUUUAUCCACUUUAGGAGUUACGUUUUAAUUUUUUUCUUACUAUCUGUGGCGUAAGAUUCUACUGAUGGUGUGUUUGAAGGUGUAAGAGCUUGAUAAGAUAUUGAUGAUCACUGUCUUCAACAAUGGCCGUGGACAUUGAUGCAGUAUUACGGGAGAUAGGAUCCUUUGGAGUAUACCAAAGAAGAGUCUACUUUCUACUGUGUCUUCCAAUAAUAUUUGUUGGUGCAGGAAACUUGGCUUUUGUGUUCAUCGCUGCUACCCCAAAAUAUAGGUGUCUAGUACCAGAAUGCGAUGAAAACUUCAAGCCUCCAACAUAUGAUGAACCUUUCGUCAACUUCACCAUUCCAUACAGCCAGAAAUUAGGGAGUUUAGAUGAAUGCCACCGAUAUCAACGAUUAAAUACAAAUGAUUCUUGUAAUGCUGAAGAUUACAGUACAAAUGUCACUGUUGGUUGUCCUGAAGGAAAGGUGUUUUCACAAAAUCACAAUAUAUCAACAAUUGUGACAGAGUUUAAUCUGACCUGUCAUGAUGCUUGGCAGACUGGCAUGUCUCAGACUGUAUACUUUGCCGGAGUUUUAGUUGGGGCAUUCAUCUUUGGUAUCAUAGCUGACCUGAUUGGUCGCAGGUUGACAUUAAUGUUUGCUCUUGUUGCUAUGGCAGUAUCGGGAGUAAUCACGGCUCUCGUCGCUGGGUUGAUAGCAUUUAAUGUGGUACGCUUCAUUAGUGCCAUGGUGACGACUGCAGUGUUUCAAACAGCUUUUGUUUUAGGUGUGGAAUAUGUGGGUCCAGAAAAUCGUGUCAUGUGUGGAAUCCUUGGGGAGUAUUUUUAUGCUUUCGGGGAGGUGUUGCUCGGCCUCAUGUCUUGGUGGCUUAAGGGCUGGAGGAUGACACAACUAGUCAUAUCGGCCCCAGUAUCCUGCUUUAUUUUCUACGGGUGGUUUAUUCCUGAAUCACCACGAUGGUUACAAGCCCAAGGCAAGGAACAGAAACUUGUGGCUGCCCUUGAGAAAAUUGCAAAAAGAAAUGGCAAGAGUUUUCCUUACCACUUGAUAAGGAAUCAAGACAGUGAAUAUACAACGGAUGAUGCUUUACCUAGAGUUAAGAUAGUUAAAGCUGUUUCCAUGGUUGACAUCUUCAAGACACCUCUCUUGUGUGUUAGGAUGGUCGCCAUGUUCUUUAUUUGGAUUGUUACGACCUUAGUAUAUUAUGGUUUGAGUCUCCAUGCAAGUGACCUGGGUUCUGGCGACAGCUUUAGUAGGCCCUACGUGGACUUCAUUCUUGCGUCCCUUGUUGAAUUACCAGGAUAUACAUUAGCAUGGAUUGGCAUGAGCUGUUGGGGAAGAAGAGGAUCCUUGGCACUCUCUAUGAUACUUGCUGGCAUAUCCUGUGCUGGUGCAGGGUUUGCCUCUGAAUACAGCCAGAGUUACGUGUUGAUACCAGCUCUUCUUGGCAAGUGCUUUAUUACGUGUGCAUUUGGCAUCAUAUAUGUAUUUGCCUCGGAGAUCUUCCCAACUAGUGUCCGUAGCACCAUAAUUGGGCUGUGUUCCACAUCUGCUCGCUUUGGUGCCAUGUUAGCUCCCUUCUCCAAUGAUUUAUCCUUGAUAUAUGGUCCACUACCCAUGAUAGUGUUUGGUGUGUUGUCAUUAGUGGCUGGCUUAUUGAAUAUUGUGAUGCCUGAGACACUCAACACCUCCCUCCCAGAAACAGUGGCGGAUGCUCUUCAUCUUGGACGUGUGCUUCCCUUGUCCUUCGAGAUGACAACCAAGAAAUCCAAUAUUCUUGAAAGGGGCCGUAGUGUGGCAGUUCAAGAGACCGGAUCGCCGGAGGAAGAACAGUGCCUUCUGAAUGAUGAUGAUGAUGAUGAUGAAUUUAGUGGUCAGAAUGCUACACAGAGAAGUCUUUACCAGUCUGUGGAAGUUUCUCAGCAAAAUUUGGAGGGUAAACCUGAUCAUGAUUCAUAGAAUGGUGAAAAACCUACUUGUAUUUAUUGAUGGUAUUCUGCUUUAGUUUGAUUGUUUCAGUGAUAAAUAUUAAGGCUGGAUAUGUUGACAGUAAAUAUUAUGAAAGGUAGCAAGUUAAGUAAUAAUUUACAAAGUAUUAUGUAAUUAAGCAACUCUUUUAGACCCCAAAAAGUUGUUAAAUUCCUAGUUUAGCCUCAAAGAUGACUCACAUUAUUACCCAAGUGAGUGCAGUGCUAUACCUGUGCUCUGGUUCACUGUCUGGGUGCAGUGAGUUAACUUUGUUCAGCUGUAAAUUAUAUACUAUAAGACUACUACAUCGGUUUAACAAUAAAAAUUGAAGAUUGUAAUCAAAUUUUUAAAGGAAAUAAAUUUACUAAGGAAACUAUAAUAAUAAUAUGAAGUAGCACCAAACGAUGUACAUGUUACAAUGCUGGUUAAUAUUUGUAUACGUAUGAGUACAUUUAUCAUCAGAGUUUAGUAUCUUUUGUGUUGUCUGAUAAUAUAUAAAGAGAGCGCUAAUGCAGUUCAUAAUUAAUAACUAUACAUCAACAGUUGGUGAAUAAGGAACAAAAUAUCCUGUUAUGUAUCUAAUCCUCUACAAAAAUUGAUACAGUGGCCAUUAUUGUUUUGGCUACCACCCAGUCAGACACACCUCAGCCCUUCAGUAUUAUGUUGCUUCUUUUCACAAACCAUCACUCAGUUCCCACAUAGUUUUAAAGAUGUGUGUAGCUUGUGGUCAAGUUUAGGUGAUACUUUAUCACUAAUCACAAUGUGCCUUUGUUAAAUGUGGCACACAAGUAGAAGUUUGCCAACACAACCCUGAAGGUGUCUUUGUGAGCUUCCUGCGCACAUCUUUUGUAGUAAUUGUUGAUUACAGUGUGUUAUUAUAAAAUAAUUCUUGUUUAGUUGGUCUCCCCUCAAAAAAAAUGUGUAUCCUAGUGUGUUAAUAAGUGUGCUUGAGGAAGCUGUGGAAUCGAACCACAUUACUCCUAGAAGGUCGACGUAAAUAAUGUUUGUAGUACUCAACAGCAGCCUAACCACGUGAACUCGGUGGUAUCUGCUGUAUAGUGCUGUAUUUCUUUAUUUACUUCAUUGAUUACUUUACAGGGUUUAUACAUUAGGAUAUUCAUGUUCAGCAUUGUUGAUUGAUUUUAGGGAUGAUGAUAAAAUAGAAUGAACUACUUCAUCAUCGUCACCACCACCAUUUUACAGCUAUUUUCUGCACGUGCGUGGGUUUGACUUGAUUAUUGUAAUAUACUUUAGAGUUAUUACAAUGACAUUAUUGUAUUAUUGUUAUGUUAACCUUAUGAUUACAAUAUUGUUAUUAGUGGUAUGUUAGUCAUGUGAUUAGUUAAUUAUUGUUAAAUGUGCUAAGGUGGGCCAUCCAGACAAUAUUCCCUUAUUUAAAAAAAUUCACAUCCAACACACCCUCGUCCCCAACCAUGACAAGUUGGUGACACUUCAGAUAAAAACUUAUCUUCAUUAUUUAAAAUAGUUUUGUGAUCAGAUACAAAUGUAACAGUGAUAAUGAUGAGGGUAUUGCUGUCUACCUUUUCAUCUCUCCAAAUCCGAAAAGAAUGAGGAAAUGUGUGGACGGUUAGAUAACUCAAGUAAAUUAAAGAAAGGAAAUGGUAAACUAGAGAGAGGAAGGACUAAUGCAGUCGUGAUAAUUUAUGAAUUACGUACCAAAAGACAUCGUGAAUACACCCUAUCAUCAAACGGAAAGUAGCGAACUUAAAAUAAUUCAAAAUCCCUGGAGUGGACAGGGCACAGACCAAGGUGAUAAAGCAGGUGGCAAAUAAGAUUUGUAACCCACUAAGACUCUUAUUCAGGAAAUCCUUGGGUCAGGAUAAAGUGUCUAAAGACUAGUAAUUAGCCAGUGUCACCCCAGCACAGUGUAUAAGAAAGGUAGGAAAUGUGCAGCAGAAAAAUACAAACCAACCAGCCUAACAUCACAUGCAGUAUAUGUAGACUCUGACAAUUAUCUGAGGGAUGCCAUCAUCCAGCACCUGACCGAACAGUCUUAUCAACACAUCACGACUGGUGUCAUGGAAAGAAAAUCCUGUCUGACAAACUUACUCACAUUCCUUGAAACGUUAACAGACUAGGUGGACCAAGGCUCACCAGUGGAUGUGUUAUACAUGGAUUUCUCCAAGGUGUUUCACAAAGUCCCACAUACACUACUAGCCUCUAUGAUCCAGGCACAUGGCAUUACAGGCAGGAUUUUAAAGUGGAUUAACAACAGGCAGCAACGGGUGGUUAUAAAUGAAGUACAUUCUGAUUGGAAAAAAGGUUAUCAGUGGAGUACCACCAGGCUCUAUCCUUGGAUUCCCCUUGUUUGUGAGCUACAUAAAUGACAUAGAUGAAAAUAUGUCGAGCCACAUUGUCAAGUUUGCGGAUGACAUGAUAUUUGGGAAGGUAGCAAAUCAAGAUGAUGUCGCACCAAUGCAGAAAUACCUGCAUGAGUUCUUCAAAUGGUCUCGAGUCAAGCACAUUCUCUUUAGCAUAUUGGAAUGCAAGACAACCCUAAUCACAACUAUUCUGUUAAUAACACUACUGAAUACUAUUGAUAAGCAAGAUCUAGACAUUGUGAUAGAUCAUUCACUGAUAGCAUUGCAACAAGUGAGGGCAGCAGUGAGAAAAGCAAAUCAAAACUUGGGAAUUAUAAAGUAAUGUAUGACAGUUUUAUGUCUAUUUUCCACACUUGUGUGGAUUGGCCGUUAUUACCCGGGCAUGGUGUCCCGGCUGCCAAUAUGUAAAUUUGAACCGAGGUUUAGGCUGGAUGCCUUUUCUAUCCCCAACCCAAAUAUACAAACUGUGUAAUACUCUUUACAUAUCGUGCCACAUCCCUGUUCAUAUUCUUUCAUUUGGUCUCCCUUUAUUCAUACCCCAACCUAAUUAUCAAUAGUAUGCAUAGAUUAACAUAAAAUUUACCUCAAGCCAUCUAUUUAUUGUAUAGACUUUUUUAAAUUUCUUUUUCUAGUUAGAUGCCUGCCACCCAGUGCCUCUUUUUACCAAGUAUGCCUGAAAUGGUAGGUUGCUCCAUCAUGCCUUACCCCCCUCAAGGCAGCUAAGGAGCCAUUCUUAUGAUGACUCAUUCUUCCCCAUUGGCCUUUAAAAGAGCAGGAUCAGUUGCUUCUUCUCACCUGAAUGUUGUGCUUCUCACUGGAAGAUGUUAUGGGAAGUUUUUGUCCCGGUGUAUUGAUCUUCCGUCCUUUCUCAACUUCAGGUAUAGUAUGGUUUGUUACCGUCUCCAAUAUUUAGUCAGUGAAUGAUAUACAGAGCAAUCUUAUUUCCAUGUUUAGUAGAGUUGCUUGGUCAACGUUUUAUCAGUAGCCAACCACUUCCAGCUGUACUAACUCUUAUGUUUAGUCACAAGCUUCUGUAGUACUGUGUCUCUGUAAUUAGAGCUUCCUGGCAGUAGUAUCUAGAUAGAAAUGGGAGAUUGAUCCUGAAACUGUAGUGAGGCAGCUUAGGUACUCUCCCUUGGGUUGUUCAUUGGUUAACUGUAAACCGAAUGCAAAUGGCAGAUUAGUCCUGGAAAUCAACAAGAUGGUGGCCAGCUUAUGGCUGGUGGCAUGUAUGCUGACUAGGGGGCGACAUAUUUUAUUAGAGCUCUUGUUUCUGGAGAGCAACCUUCGUAAAUAACCUCACUAUUUUGAAACUAGUGGAUGUGAUGGGUGAUUGUAAGGCUUAGGGAGUAAGAGGGUGAUAGACCAACCCCUACUUCUAGGCUGGCACAGUGGAGGUGCCUGGCAGUGAGUUCACCAAGAACACAACAUUUUGGAAUCAA